GGAAGAAUCUCAAUCAGCUUGAUGGAAACAAGUCACAACUCUGAAAUAUUUGCAAAGAUUAGCAACUUCAAUAUUUGGAAUUAUUCCAUGACGAAAGAUGAAAUAAUUCAUAUGUCAUAUGGGUGUGGUGAAGAAGAGGGUGAUAUUUUAUCCUGGGUGGCUGUAAGAAAGAAGAUGAAGGAAAAAUUUCAGGAGGAGAAGUCCUCCAUAUGCAAUGAACAUAACGAACCAACCCUUGUUAUGAGAGGCAAUCCUGUCGUCACUGGCGAGAAGACUGCAACAUUUGUAAGUUCAUGGCUGCCCAAGUCUGAAAAAGCGUUCGGCAAAUGUUUGAGAUUUAAGUACAAAAUGGUAGGUCGUGGGGUGAAGUCGCUUAAGAUUUAUCAAGAGACGCAAUAUGGAUUUGAAAGGCAGCCAAUCUGGGUCGACGGCAAAGGAGCUAGAUUUUCAAGCAGCCUUUGGCAUUACGGGCAAACAUCAAUUAGUACAACUUCCAUUUUUCGGUUGAGUAUUGUCGGCGAGCUGGAUGGAAAGCCAGGUUACCUUGCCUUUGGAGGUAUUGCGAUGUCACAUGAGACGUACUGCUCGCCUCAACCGUCAACAGCUCAGAAAGCUUGCAGACAAACUCUAGCAAAAAGCUUCGGAUUUAUUAUAUCACCGCUAUAUCCCGGAUAUUACCCAAACGACGUGACAUGCAGUUGGCACGUGACCACUGAGGAGAAUCGCACCAUACGUCUCCAUUUUCAGUCAUUCGCGAUUGAGCCUCACCCCACAUGUGCUAAUGACUACGUAGAAGUUCGAGAAGGUGGAAUAAACUGGUCACGAACCAUAGGGAAAUACUGUGGUCAUACAUACCCACCAGUGAUAGAAUCAUCUUCGAACACUUUAACAAUAAUAUUCAGGGCAAAUGAAGCCGGCAUAAAUACAGGAUUCAAAGCGAACUACACUACUAAACCAGGAAAAAGAACCUUUUGCAUCGAAGGUUGUCCUCGAGGCUGCACUUGUGCGAGAUUACCCGGAAGUGACGUCAAGGUGCUGGUAAAGAGUGACUCUUUGGUUUCUUUACCAGGUCAUUAUCCAGAAACCACAGCAGUCGUGCUGUUUGGUGAAAACAGAAUAAGUCGGGUUAAUAUCAAAGAUUUUCCAAGACUCCAGUUCAUGGAAUACUUAGACCUCAGUAACAAUGUUAUACUCGACAUGGAAAAUUCCCCGUUUAAGAAACUCACCGCUUUAAAGACACUGAGACUGAAUGGGAACUUCCUUGAGCAAGUGACAAGAGAGAAUUUCAUAGGAUUGUCCAAACUUCACACACUGGAUAUGGGAUCAAACCUACUUCGUGAAAUUCGCCAAGGAGUAUUUCAAGAACUAAAAGAGUUGAAAGUUUUAGGUUUGCGUUCUAAUAAGAUUCACAAAAUUGAAGCUGAUGCGUUUCGAGGCCUGAAAAAUUUGACCUUUCUUUAUCUUCACGAUAAUGAAUUAACAAACAUUCGGCGAGAAACAUUCAGAGGACUUCACUCAUUACAGACACUUUUUCUCAAUGGAAACCCACUAUCAGAGUCAGAUUUUGAUCCUGACACCUUCGACGAGUUGACAAGCCUCAAAACAUUGAAACUCGAUCAAUUCAUCAUAUGUUGUUACGCAAUGAGUACCAUUCCAAACCUUAAAUGCCAGUCACCUGAGAGAGCGUUCUCGACUUGUGAUGAUUUAAUGAAAAACGACGGACUGCGCAUGUGUAUUUGGAUCCUUGGAUUGCUUGCCUUCAUCGGCAACUUAUUAGUGAUCAUUUGGAGGAUUCGUGUUCGAGAUGACAACAAAGUUCAGUCUUUUGUACUCACUAACUUAGCCUGCGCAGACUUUUUGAUGGGUGUAUACCUAUUAAUCAUCGCCAUUAAAGAUCUUCAGUGGAAAGGCAAAUAUUUCAAACAUGACGUUGCAUGGAGAAAAGGAAACCUCUGCCAAUUCGCAGGCUCACUUUCAAUGCUUUCAAGUGAAGUGUCUGUUCUCAUGUUAUUAACUAUGACAAUAGACAGACUUAUAAGUGUCGUAUUUGCCCUGAGACUGCAGUCCUUAUCAUUGAAAUCAGUGCGUAUUAUUUGUUCUUGUAUAUGGAUAAUUGGAAUCAUUAUAUCGUUUAUCCCCUGGACAGGAAUAUCCUAUUUCCAUGACAAAUUCCAUAGUUUUGGCUUCUUUGGAAGUUCAGCAGUUUGCCUGCCGCUUCAGUUCUCAGAGGAUAAACCUGCAGGAUGGGAAUAUGCUACGGCAUUUUUCAUCGUUUUGAAUUCCGUUGUGUUACUGUGUAUUCUGACUGCUUAUGCCUUAAUAUUCUGGACUGCUUUGACUCUAAUUAACUCUUCCUCAGUAAAGCACCUGAAAGCUGAGUCAACCAGAGCCAGAAGACUUUUCUUCAUCGUUUUGACGGACUUUCUCUGCUGGAUGCCAGUUAUCAUUAUCGGUAUUCUAUCCUUAAGUGGAAAUUUUCAUGAUCCGAAACACGAAGCAAAAGUUUGGAUAGCAGUUUUUGUUCUGCCCGUCAACUCUGCCAUCAACCCAAUCCUAUACACCUUCUCCACUCUAGGAGUACGAAGAAAAUUAAGAUCUGCAUUCAAUAAGAGAUUUGGCGGAAAGUUCAGCUGCGGCAAUUGUUACCAAAGAGAGCCCACCGAGAGUUUAUCCAUGCAGGAUACAGUUGUCUCGGAGUAUCGCCACAUGGAAUCAGUUGAAAGUCCGCGGAGGAAGCUACAUAUACUGGAGAAAGCUACAGGAUUUUAUCAAGAUGAUGAUGUGUUCUAUCUCGUUGCUAAGGAAAUGACAAAAGGAAAUAAUUUCAAGGUGUUGCUGAAAUGCUUUAGCUGGAGAAAAAGGAGUACUUUUGAGAACGAACUUGAAGUGUAUAAAUGUUUACCUCAAAGCGCGGUCAGAAAUGACAUUCCUGCUCUUCAGUGGUACUCGGAAGCAAACGUUUUGGAAAUAUCUUGUGCGAAUGAAGAUGUUCCGCGACCCAAUGAGAAUAUGAGCUUGCUUUGUUACAAGUAUGUAAGCGGAAUCUCCCUCUCGAAUUUCAUGGAAAAGAACCGCACAUCCAUGUGUCUCACUCUGGUUUAUCAAUUUGCCCUUGACAUCAUCAAGACUUUGGAGUAUCUGCAUGAGAACGGGGUGAAUCAUAAUGGCAUUACACUUGCAAAUAUCUUGUUAACUGAGAAUCCGGGGAUCCCUCAGUGGCAAGCAAGGCUGAUGAACUUUGACCGUGCAUGCAAAGGACCAAGUCAUGCAAAUGACGUGAGGUCUUUUGGUGAUCUGCUCCAAGAAAUGGCUCAGCGAUGCAAUGAUAACAACCAACAGAUACAAGAAUUGUUAGACUCAUUUCCUAUUAGCGCAAGGGAAGCAAACGCAACCGCUGUCAUGGUUCGUCUACUACUGGAGAAAGCCUGGGGCGAGUUUUUCAUGGAAACAAGACUGUGAUCCACAUUUUGAUCCUCCUUUGACAAUUUACUAAGGACGAGAUGAUAUUCAGUUCUUUUUCAUGGGUUUAAGUAUCUGAUAAAGUUUCUUCAUCCCUUAAAACAAUUCGAGGCAUUAAUAGCAAGAUGGUACAUAACAGACCUUUUUUAGUGUUCAUAGUGUUGUUUAUUUCGCAAACACAUUACCAAAAAAUUACCUAUAUGAACAAUUAGUAAGAAUUUCACGGAUCCAUACACAACCAUACCACCUCACAGACUAUAUACAGUAGUUUCGAUGAGGACACCCUCCUCACUUGUCUUGUCUGCAUAUCCAAUGUUAAAUUAGGUCGAAAAUGUCGUAAAAAGGACGACAAUUUCCGUAUUACCUUUUCCUUUCUUUUGUUUUCAAUUGAAACUCACAUAGAUAUUCUUUAGGAAAAUCAACAAAUCUGUCAAAUAAUUAUUUCACGACUUUAAUCCUGUAAAGAAAUAAAUACAACUGUGCAUCACUGAUCGAUCAAAAUAA